AAGAGAAAUGAGGACGUCAGUGAUGAGGAAUCAAACAGUCAGCAUUCAGCUGCACGAUACAGAGGUAAGAUCUGCAAUUUCUCUCAAGUCCAUUUGACAUGACAACAUAAUUUAUAUUUUCAUAUCAAUUUAUGCAUCUUUUUUUUACUUUAACUAACUCAUAUUUACGCUAUCAUCUGGUUGACUUAACCUUUUUAGAGAAGUCAGUGUUCGAUAAUCUACAGAAUGAUCUGAUUAGGAAGUAAAAUAAAUGUAACGACGGCGGAAAAUGGAAAAUCUCUUCAGGUUUUUGAAUCAGUUAGAGUUUCCUUUUGCUUUUUGUAGUAAGCUUUCAUCUUUUUUACUUAUCUCAUAACCUGUCGAUAAAUAUACUCAAGAAUAUUUUGUAGAUUUUAAACCAGCUACAGCAUAGUUAACAAUUCAUGCAACUGCAUAAAUUAUAUGUUUGUUUGUUUGUUUAACUUUAUGAUCCUUUUUUUAAAUUUUGCUUUAAAUAUCUAUAUAAAUAUCUCUCUAUAUAUAAUUUAAUGUAUGCACUUCAAACAGAGGCAUAAAAAGCUGCACCAGAGUCAGUUAAGAGGGGGGGGGGGGUUAUCCUUGGUGAGAGCCCUCAAUCUUGCAGGUGUCAGGCUGAAUUUGUUAAGGAAACCUCAAAGAUUUGGCAUUUUAACUGAAGACGUACCAACAGGUGUGCGACUUGUGAGUGUGUGAGCCUCUAAAAGUGACAUGAAAGAGUUGACUUUUCAGACUCCAGCAGAUUUACAGUGCAGCGGUUUGUUUUUCUUCCCCUCCCUUCCUCUGAAAACCAGCUCCCUCGGGCACCUUUUUGCCAUGCCGCGCUCUUUCCUCGUCAAGAGUAAAAGGACUCAUCUAAUUAACCCACCUAAGGACUACUUUAAACAACAAAUCCACCCUCAAAGAGAUGCUGAGAAGCCUGCAAUCGGACAAGACAGCAGGCAACUUGAAGAGGCCGUGCAGCCAUUGCCCGUGGUCCGAGGCCUUAUGGCUGAAGCCUCCUCACCGAGGGGUAGGAUGGCCGACCGCUCUCACGAUUCCCCCACAGAUAGACCUUGGUCUUCGGCAAAAGCAAAAGGAGAAAACCAUUUGCUGGUCUCCCCGUGGCCAUUGGACAGACAAGGAUCAGACAGGGAGCGGGAACUGGAGAGACUGGUCUUCAUGUUGCUCAACCACACAUCACACACUGACCUGAAAGCCCCCGUCAGAGAGUGCCCGCUCUGUGAAAGGUCUGUUUCAGAUGUUUUGAUGUCAGGUGGGCUUCAGGAACAUGCUUGCUCUGUCCCACUGACAAGAUCAUUCACGGCUGCAGAAAUAUCCCACAUGCCCUUCAACUUCAGAGCGGAUGGCAGCUACGGUCGAGCUAAGGAGCGCAGCUUUGGCUGCAAGGUGUGUGGCAAGGUGUUCAAGCGCUCUUCCACCUUGUCCACUCACCUCCUCAUCCACUCCGACACAAGACCGUAUCCCUGUCAGUACUGCGGGAAAAGGUUUCACCAAAAAUCAGAUAUGAAGAAACACACUUUUAUACACACAGGUGAGAAGCCACACGUGUGCAAAGUGUGCGGUAAAGGCUUCAGUCAAAGCUCCAACCUCAUCACCCACAGCCGAAAGCACAGCAGCUACCGGCCGUUCAGCUGCCCCCACUGUCAGCUCAGUUUCCAGCGCAGGGUUGACCUGCAGCGCCACCAAGAGACACAAUGUGGCUAUGGAGACAUGUAUGCUCACACCCGAGCCCACGAAGCAACAACAAGAUGAUUCUACCGGGAGAAACAGUAUUUGUACAUAACUUUAAAACAUUAAGCAUUCCUUAUUUUAACAUGCAUGUUUUAUAUGAAUAAAGACGGGCUUGUUUG